AUGGCUGCCACCACUCCCCAAGGACGUCUUCAAGGCAAAAAUGCCAUCAUCACAGGUGCUGGAGGUGGCAUCGGUCUCGAAACCAGUAUCCUCUUCGCCCGCGAAGGUGCCAAUGUCCUCAUGGCCGACGUCUCCGAGCCCGCUCUCGCCAAGGCAUUGGCCAAAGUAAAGGAGGUAGUUCCCGGCGCUGGUCGAGUUGAGUCGAUCCGAUGUGAUGUGUCCAAGGAGUCGGACGUACAGGCAAUGGUUGAGUCCCAGGAUAGCUGGGGAGGUACCGACGUGAUCUUCAAUAAUGCUGGAAUUAUGCACGCGAACGACGCAGAUGCUAUCGAUACACCUGAGAAGAUCUGGGAUCUCACACAUAACAUCAAUGUUAAGGGUGUCUGGUUCGGCAGCAAGCACGCUGUCCUCAGUCUGCGUCGUCACAAGAAGUCCCGUGGCAGUAUCAUUAACACAGCUAGUGUGGUUGCUUUGGUUGGCGCUGCCACUCCCCAGCUCGCGUACACAGCGAGCAAGGGUGCAGUCCUGGCAAUGACUCGGGAGUUGGCUAUCGUUCAUGCCCGGGAGGGAUUCCGUUUCAACGCUCUGUGCCCCGCUCCCCUGAAUACCCCUCUUCUGCAGGACUGGCUGGGUGAUGAUCAGGCCAAGCGUUUCCGUCGGGAGGUGCACUUCCCUACUGGCCGAUUCGGUGAACCUAUUGAACAAGCUCAUGCUGUGGUUUUCCUGGCUAGCGAUGAAAGUAGCUUUGUGAAUGGAACGGAUUUUGUGGUCGAUGGUGGAAUGACCAAGGCUUAUGUUACACCGGAGGGUCCGGCCACCCCUGCGCCUCAAAACAACGGCAAUUAA